GGAGUGGGGAUUCUCUAAAUAGAGAACGAGCCCACAGAGCCCAACACAGCCACUGCCAGUUCAGAGCGAAGCAGAUAGACACGCAAAGCGCUAUCUCUCUCUCUCUGAGAAACACGUUUCAACAAGUGAAAUAAUCACUAACCUAAAAAAGGGAAAAAAUAAGGUGCAGAAUACAUCAAGAAAACAGAUCUGUCAACAACAACAACAACAAAAAAAAUCAAUUUUCAUUCAUUUUCAGUUUUUUGUGUGUGUGGAAUGAACAAAAAGGACACGUUUCAUCAUUAUUAAUAAUUUUUAACCAACAAGUGGAUUUUUUUUCUCUUGAAGAGGAAAAAAACAACAACAGCAGCAGCAGCAGCAGCAAAGCCAGCAGACUGAAAAAAAAAAAGUGGAGGUCUCCCAGAACGUCGCCGUCGGAGAGAGAAACCGUGACCGGCAGCAUCUGUCCGUCGGUCCCCUGAGGUGUUGCAGGUAAUCCCCCUCACCUGCGAGCUCCCGUGCGCAGUGCGCGCAGAUCUCCCAAGAAGCCUCCCGCGCCUCCACAGAAGAGGAGACCCCUGAGCAAGCUCGCCGCAUGGCUGCAGCCAAGACAGAGAUGCUCCUGCCAGCCCUGCAGAUCUCCGACCCCCUCAGCUUCCCCCACUCCCCCAUGGACAGCUACCCCAAGCUGGAGGAGAUGAUGAUCCUCAACUCGGGCGCCUCCUUCCUGGCCGCCUCGGCCGCAGAGGGCUCCGCGUUCGGGACGGGGGAGGCUGGAGACCAGUUCGAGCACCUUGCGGGAGACACUUUGCCCGAGAUCUCCCUGAACUGCGAGAAGCCGUUGGCCGAGCAGAGCUACCCCACGCAGCGGCUCCCUCCCAUCUCCUACACGGGCCGCUUCACCCUGGAGCCCGCCAACUGCAGCAACAGCCUGUGGGCGGAGCCACUGUUCAGCCUGGUCAGCGGGCUGGUGGGGAUGAACCCCCCCACCACCACGUCCGCGCCGUCCUCCUCCGCUGCCCCGACCAGCUCCUCCUCCUCUUCCUCGGUCACCUCGUCUUCCUCGUCUUCCUCCUCCACCUCCGCCCCGUCCCAGAGCUCCAGCCUCGCCUGCUCGGUCCACCACAGCGAGCCCAACCCCAUCUACUCCGCCGCCCCCACCUACUCCAGCGCCAGCCCCGACCUCUUCCCCGAGCAGGGGGGCCAGUCCUUCCCCAGCCCUGCGGGGGGCGCCCUCCAGUACCCGCCCCCCAGCUACGGCAACAGCAAGCCCUGCCCCUCCAGCUUCCCCGUGCCCAUGAUCCCAGACUACCUCUUCACCCAGGCGCAGAGCGAAAUCGGCCUGGUGCCCAUCGACCAGAAGCCCUUCCAGACGCAGGGGGGCCAGCAGCCCUCCCUCACCCCCCUGUCCACCAUCAAGGCCUUCGCCACCCAGACGGGGUCCCAGGACCUGAAGGGUGUGUACCAGUCCCAGCUGGUCCGGCCCGCCCGGAUGCGCAAGUAUCCGAACCGGCCCAGCAAGACUCCGCCCCACGAGCGUCCCUACGCCUGCCCCGUGGAGACGUGUGACCGGCGCUUCUCCCGCUCGGACGAGCUCACGCGCCACAUCCGCAUCCACACGGGCCAGAAGCCCUUCCAGUGCCGCAUCUGCAUGCGCAACUUCAGCCGCAGCGACCACCUGACCACGCACAUCCGCACGCACACCGGCGAGAAGCCCUUCGCCUGCGACGUCUGCGGCCGCAAGUUCGCCCGCAGCGACGAGCGCAAGCGCCACACCAAGAUCCACCUGCGGCAGAAGGACAAGAAGGCCGAGAAGGUGGCGGCUGCCGCUGCCGCCGCCGCCGCCGUGGGGGGGCCCGUCCCCGUCUCCGCCCCCUCCCCCGCCUCCAGCUACCCCUCCCCCGUCUCGUCCUACCCCUCCCCGGUCCCCUCGUGCUACUCCUCGCCCGUCCACGCCUCGUACCCCUCCCCCUCCAUCGCCACCACCUACCCCUCCGUCUCCAGCACCUUCCAGACGCAGGUGGCCACCACCUUCCCCUCCUCGUUGGCCACGAACAUUUAUAGCUCGCCCGUGGCCACGCCCCUCUCAGAACUGCAGUCCACUCUCUCUCCGAGGACGAUCGAGAUCUGCUAAUCUGCGCCUCCUUCCAGCGCCCCGCCACUUCCAGCUCUCCGUCCUCCGCACAAACAUCAUCACAAAGACUCGUUACUCCUUUUCAAAAAGCACUUUUACCCCCCUCCCCCUCCUCCCCCCACUCCACUGCUGGGCGUCAGCUUAAGGUACCUGAACUGAACAGACUGAAACUAAGACACCCGCCAAGCAAAGACAGCAGAAAACAAAAAAGGGAUUUUUUUUUUUUUUUGUCCUCCUUUAAUUCAAUCACAGUUCUUCAGAAACUAAUGAGAUUUUAAAGACAAAGAGUGACAACAGGCUUCGACAGGGAUUCUGAACUGACAUUUUUGUAAAAAAAUAAAAAUAAUAAAAAUAGAAGAGAAAGAUAAGAAGGGACUUCAUCCCA